ACGGGGGCUGCCGUUUAUCGGUAACAUCUGCUCGCUGGCCGCCUCAGCCGAGCUUCCCCACGUCUACAUGAGAAAGCAGACCCAGGUGUACGGCGAGCCACCUGUUCUGCGGUGAAGGUCUUUCCCAAGGUAAGGUUCCUUUAGGGCCUUCUUGGUUAACUUCAUGAAAUACAAAGAACUGAAUACAAAUAAGCAUGCCGCAAUAUUUUUAUACUUCCAAGUUGUCUCUCAGAUCAUUGAUAACCCUCUCCCUUACCUGUGGUUAAAGGAAUACAGGGGAAGAUGGUGCUGCUGAUUUAUUCAUAUUGGAAGUGAAAAGAGAUUCCUGAAUAUUAAAUGUUUUGAGGUGGAAUAAAUCCUAAAAAAAAAAAAAAAUUAAAUACAUUUUCUGUGAUCACACUGAAGUUCACAGAAGUUAAGUGUUCUGUAUCGGGUCUUACAUAUAUUUAAUGGCAAACCUCAAACUAGAACCCAGGCCUGAAUCCAGUACUCUUUCCAUUAUAUUGGUAUAAGAUUAUGGUUCCCAGGCACUGGAUGGUGUAAUGAAUCACACUGUCUCAAUAUUGUCAGUUGAGUAAUGAGUGCUUAGAUUUUUAGGGAAGUAACAAAUACUGGGAGAGCUGGGCUUAGUACAUAUGGAUUUCCAUGGUUAUAUUUCUCUAUAUAUUCUGCUAUUUAAAUGUUUUUCUUCUCAAAGAUUUUCAGUUUAGAUCUUGGAGGCAUAUCAACAGUGGUUCUAAAUGGCUAUGAUGUAGUAAAGGAAUGCCUUGUUCAUCAGAGUGAAAUUUUUGCAGACAGACCAUGUCUUCCUUUAUUCAUGAAGAUGACAAAAAUGGGAGGCUUACUCAAUGCCAGAUAUGGCCGAGGAUGGGUUGAUCACAGAAGAUUAGCUGUAAACAGCUUUCGCUAUUUUGGAUAUGGCCAAAAGUCUUUUGAAUCCAAAAUCUUAGAAGAAACCCAAUUUUUCAUUGAUGUUAUUGAGACAUACAAAGGUCAACCUUUUGACUUUAAGCAGUUAAUAACAAAUGCUGUUUCGAACAUAACUAAUCUGAUCCUUUUUGGAGAACGAUUCACUUACGAAGACACUGAUUUUCAGCACAUGAUUGAGUUAUUCAGUGAAAAUGUGGAGCUAGCUGCCAGUGCCUCAGUUUUCCUGUAUAAUGCCUUUCCAUGGAUUGGUAUCUUACCUUGUGGAAAACAUCAACAGCUAUUUAGAAAUGCAACUGUGGUCUAUGAUUUCCUCUCCAGACUUAUUGAAAAAGCUUCCAUCAACAGAAAGCCUCAGUUACCUCAGCAUUUUGUUGAUUCUUAUUUAGAUGAGAUGGAUCAAAGUAAAAAUGAUCCAUUAUCUACUUUCUCUAAAGAAAACCUAAUUUUUUCAGUGGGUGAACUCAUCAUUGCUGGAACUGAAACAACAACCAAUGUAUUACGCUGGGCAAUUCUUCUCAUGGCCCUUUAUCCCAGCAUUCAAGGACAAGUUUGGAAAGAGAUUGAUUUAAUUGUGGGCCCCAAUAGGAAACCUUCUUGGGAUGACAAGUGCAAAAUGCCUUAUACUGAAGCAGUUUUGCAUGAAGUUUUAAGACUCUGUAAUGUAGUUCCAUUAGGGAUAUUCCAUGCAACCUCUGAAGAUGUAGUUGUACGUGGUUAUUCCAUUCCUAAAGGUACAACAGUAAUUACAAAUCUUUAUUCUGUACACUUUGAUGAAAAGUACUGGAAAGACCCAGAAGUGUUCCAUCCUGAGCGAUUUCUGGACAGCCGUGGACGUUUUGUCAAAAGGGAAGCUUUGAUUCCUUUCUCCCUAGGAAGAAGACACUGUCUUGGAGAACAUCUGGCUCGGAUGGAAAUGUUCUUGUUUUUUACAACAUUGCUCCAGCGGUUUCAUUUGCAUUUUCCACAUGAAGUAGUUCCAGAUCUGAAGCCCAGGUUAGGCAUGACAUUGCAGCCUCAACCCUACCUUAUCUGUGCCAAAAGGCGCUGAAAGUUCAUAAAUGUUUUGGGGAAUAAGAAUGUAUGUUUCCUUACUUCUGAACCUUAUUUAAUCUAAUCAGUGUGGUGUUUGGACAAGUCACAGUAUCAUAAAGUCAAAUGAACACAAAUUUGUCAUUAAAAAUAGCACUAGAGCAAAAGCAAGUAUUAACAAUGAUAUAUUUUUAAGCUUCUAUGACUUCUAAAGUUCAAUUCUCUGUUGAAAAGCACAAAGGUUCGAAUGACAGGUGUUGUAUAAAAUGCUAAGGGACAUGAAUAUCCUAAUUAGAGCCACUCAUUUGGUGUAAGUUUUCUGUCAUCCUUUCUUGACUCCAUGUGACUCCUUACCUCCAGAGUUUGGCCUCCAAAUGCCAAUUCCUUUUUGACCAAGUUCCAGUCCAGUUUAAUAGAAUAUAGAAUUAAAACCCAAAUAAAUGAAUUGGAACUACAGAAGCAUUUAGAUAUGGUGGCAGAUGAUUGAAGAAAUAUAGAUUUAAUGUAGAGCCUGCCAGUUUUUCAAAUCUUGCUCCUUGCUGUGUCUUCAUAAGAACUGUCAUUCUUCCUAUUUGUCAAGGUCUCUGUAAUCCCUGAACAUCUGUCCUUACAGCUGCAGUUCAGUAAAUAAUGUAUUUAGAAUAAAAAAGAUACAUGGAUAUUGAUUUUUUGUAGGCAUAUUUUCUCUGACACCACUUUCUAAAACCAGUUACAGGGCUUAAAGAUUAAAUCAUUGUUUAUUUUAGAGGUCUUUAGGCAUUUCCAGGGCUAGUGUUCUUUUUCUAAUGAUGGUAAUGUUCAAAUCCAGAAACAUGCUUUAGAGACAGGGUAAUCAUGUCAAUUGGGACACUUGAGAGUGAUGAGGUGCUAUUAAUAAUCAUGCCAGGACAAAAGGUAAAUGAAGCCUACCCUGAACUGGAAUGUAUCUUUACUCAUUUAUAGCUAUUUUAUAUUAUCAUUUUUUCUAAAGUUGUACAUUAAGGGUUCAUGCUCUUAUAAGUUGGUUUAUGAACAGUUGCUACCACAGAGUAAGUGCACAUAGCAAUGACUUGCAUUAAGAAUUUGGAUUUAAUCUUAGUUUUGCCUUAUCUCUUAAAUAUUUUCAAUUAUCUAUUUAGAAAUCAGUAGUCUUUGUAUCUGAUAUAUAUUAAUUUGUUUCUAGUUGCAAGGGAAAGAAAUCCUGUGCAAAUUUGCUUCAGUAAUAAAAAGAAGUUUGAAAAUGAUAUACAGAGUUUUGGGUUGACCUAGAUGCUCCAUAGUAUAAUCAAAGAUUCUUUUUUCUUCCCAUCCCUUAGUUUUGCCUUCCAUAUGAUAUCAGCUUUAUCUUAAGGCUGGCUUAUGGGAGUACAUGUGCUUUGCUCACCUCCAGGUAGAGAAAGCAAGCUUGGAUUGUUUCUGGGAGAGCAGGGGAGUUUUUCAGAUACUCCCCCAAAACUGUUCUUUGGGUCUCAGAGGUCUUUACUGAGUCAUGUACACAUAUAUUAACUUAGAACUAUGUCUUGUGAGUGGGAUUAUAGUUCAUUUGGUUCUGAAUAUGUACCUAACUAUCAGAACUAGUGAUAAAUUUGGCUUCCUCCAAAGUGAAUGUGCUUCUCAGAGGAUGGUAUGGUUGUCUAAACAAAAAUGAGGGUAAUUAUGAAGAGAAGGGAACUAAGUCAGAAGACCAAUUACACCAUAAUAUCUAUUUCCCCUGCUUUCUGACCACCUACUUUCCAUCCUGUCUUUCUGAGUCUUAUAGAUGUAUUAUUCAAGAAGCUACUUCAUCUUCAUUCUUUCUUUGAUGCAGCAGAUCCCAACUUUGGACCUCCUCCUUCCUAUCAUAUCUCCUAUAAAAGCCUAAGUCGGACUCUAUAGUUUGGGGUUGCUAGUGGCCUGGCAGUCACACUGAGCAAAUAAAAUUGUGAACUGAGGUAGAUUUAAUAAAAAUUGAGGAGGUCAUAUUUUGCUUUUGAAUGCUGCCACUACUGCUUCUAUGAUUAGGACUCUGUAAACCUAUAUAGAAUGCUCUUUUUUUCUU